GAUGCAUGCAUUCCUACUAAUGCUGUGAAUUCCUUCUACUUUAAGCCAAUGUUAGAUGCUAUAUCUGCAAUUGGUCUUGGAUAUAAGGGUCCAAAUUACCAUCAACUGCGGGUUAAUCUUUUAAAGGAUGCCAAGAAGGAAGUUCAAUUACUUGUGGACUCUUAUCGUGCAAUUUGGGCAAAAGUUGGGUGUACUAUAAUGGGUGAUGGUUGGACAGAUAGUAGACAAAGAACACUCAUCAACUUCCUUGUGUAUUGUCCUGAAGGAAUAUCGUUUGUGAAAUCUGUUGAUGCUUCGGACAUUGUCAAGGAUGCAAGUAAUUUGUUUUUGUUAUUUGAUGAGGUGAUUGAAUGGGUGGGUUCACUCAAUGUAGUUCAUAUUGUGACUGAUAAUGCAGCAAAAUAUGUGGCCGCGGGGAUAUUGAUUUCUCAGAAGCAUAAACACAUCAAUUGGUCACCUUGUGCAACUCAUUGUCUUAAUUUGAUCUUUAAGGAUAUUGGUAAGAUGAACCAUGUUGCUGAACUUGUAAGACGUGCAUCAAAGGUGACAAUUUUUGUGUAUAAUCAUGUUGCUUUGUUAAGUUGGUUGAGAAAAAGAGAAGGAUGGACAGAGAUUCUACGACUUGGUGCAACUCGCUUUGCUACUACAUUCAUUGCACUCAAGAGUAUUCAUGAUCAUAAACAUGACUUGCAAGCUUUGGUGACUAGUAAGUUCUUUGUGGACUUUAGAUAUUCAAAGGAUAAUAAAAGUAAAGUUGCAGUUUCCAUCAUCUUAGAUAAUAGAUUUUGGAAUGAUUGUUUGAUUGUUGUGAAUCUUAUGUCUCCAUUAAUGCGCUUAUUGCGUAUUUUUGAUUGUGAUGAGAGACCUUCGAUGGGAUAUGUGUAUGAAGGCAUGUAUAGGGUUCGUUUGGGCAUAAAGAAAUUGUUUAACCACAACAAAAGACUAUACAAGCCUUAUACAGAGAUCAUAAAGCAACAUUGGGAUCAACAACUACAGAAAAACAUUCAUUCAGUAGCUUAUUGGUUCAAACCAUGUUUCCAAUAUGAUCAAGAAAACUUUUGUAAUAAGCCAACUGUUAUUGGAGGUGUCAUGGAUGUUAUUGAUCAGAAAGUUCUGAAAGGCAAGCUUGAAACAAUGAAUGAAAUGAAGUUGUUUCGUGAUCGAUUAGGAAGUUUUGGAAGAGACCUUGCUUAUUCUUCACGUGAAGUACUUCAACCUGAUGAAUGGUGGAGGCUACAUGGAUAUAGUGCACCACAUUUGCAAAAGUUGGCCAUUCAAAUAUUGAGCCAAACUGCAUCGUCUUCUGGAUGUGAGAGGAAUUGGAGUGUCUUUGAACGUAUACAUACCAAAAGAAGGAAUAGAUUAGAACAUCAAAGACUUAAUGAUUUUGUAUACAUUCAUUACAAUUUUCGGCUAAAAAAUCGGUUUUAUAACAAGAAAAGAAUUAAUGAUCCCAUUGACUAUGCAUGCAUUGAUGAGACCGAUUUUUGGAUAGUUGAUGACGAUCAGCCAGCAGAGCUAGAUGUUGAAGAAUUAGAAACUCUUCUAUAUGAAGAAGGGUCAAUUCCAAUAAAUGAAGUGGAAGGUUCAAGUUCUCACAUUGAUAAUGAGGAUGGUGGUGACGUGGCUAUAGAAGGGCUUGAUGUGGAGAACUUUGGUUUUCCAAAUGCUUAUUUUCAAUCUCCAUAUUCCAAUUUCCAAAAUGAAUGAAGACAUGAUUUUUAUAUUUAUUAGUAUGCAAAAAUCUUCAUGAAUAUUCAAACAUUGACAUGUUAUAUUUUUAUUUUGAGUAAUUAUUUAAGUGUUGUGGACC